GCGGCAAAUUGAAACCACUUAAACAAGGCAAAAAGAAAGCUUCUGAUCUAGAUGAGGCUGAUUUAGAAUUCAAGAAAAAACAGCAAGAAGAACAAAAAAGGUUAAAAGAAUUAAAAGACAAAGCUAAACAAGGUGGUCCUCUUGGUGGGUUGACAUUUAUAUGA